GGAGGAAUGGAUUGUUAAACAAAAAGAUAUGGAAGUAACUAUUGCGGCAUUACAGAAAGAAGUACAAACAUUACGCCGAUUAAAUAUUGAAUUGCAGGAAGCUGCAAUCUUAAAAGGAAAAGAAAUCCAAAAUUUCAAUGAAGGCAACAAUUUAAAUGUGGUUACAGGAAACAACCUAACAGUGUUAAAUAAACAUCCGGCAGUUGGUUAUAUAACGCCUGAUAAUAAAAGCAUUCAUCUUGGAUAUGGCGAAUACUUGCCCAAAACUGCAUAUGUUGCAGCUGCUUGCGAUUGCAGAAGGUCUGCAAUUUUUGUUCGGCAAAUCGCGAUUUGUCUGUUUUCUUUGGAGACGCUUUUAAACAGCACUGUAACAGGCAAAGGAAGUAACCGAAAUAGAAAUUCUAAAAAGCCGGAAAAUGCCUUAGAUUGCAACAAAAUUUUAGCGAUUAAAGCUAUAUACUAUCAUUAUUUAACGGUUGAAAAACAAAUUCCAUCAGCAGAGGCGGACAAAUUGGUGGAAAAAACUAGAAAUAUUUUAGCUAAAUUUAUAUCUUCCUUAAAAGAUUCGCAUACAUGUACUACAGAAAAAGAAACUCAUGCAAUGGAUGAGGUUCUCAAUUCAGAAGAAGAAUUGGACAUCGAACAAAACAUUGAGCAAAAUGUUGAAUCGAAUAUUCAACGGGACACUGAUGAAUCGAACAUCGACCCGUUAAGAAUAGAAGAAGCUGCACAAGUGCCUAAUGAGGAGACAUCUACAUCGAAUGAAAAUGACAACGAUCCGGACUUUGCUGUCCUUAUCCCAGCCGAGUCAUCAUACAGUGAUUCUGAUUAAACCGUGAAGGUUUUGGGACAUUUUAAUGUCAAGAGUCAAAAUUAUAUUUAUAUUUAUUAUAAAUAUUAAGUGUUUUUAUUUAACAUUUUAUUUUUACAUUUUUUAUUUUUACAAGUAUCUUUUGUUUAACUUUAUCUGAU